AUGGCUUCUGCGGUAGUAUCUCCCGAAUGUAGAGGGAAAAGCUCGAAGGCAAAGACUAUCGGAUACUACGAAGCAUGGAACCCCGAGAGAAGAACGUGUGGACAGGUGGAACCCAAGGAUAUCCCUCUAGGAAUAUACUCCCACCUGAAUUUUGCUUUUGCCCUGAUUGACCCUAAGACUUUCCGGAUUGCUCCUAUGACAGAUGCAACUGCGAAGCGCUACCGAACCCUCACCGAGCUGAAAGGUCGUCAAAAUGGUCUUGAGGUAUAUAUUGCGAUUGGAGGUUGGGACUUCAACGAUCCGGGUCCCACUAGGACUACCUUUUCGGACCUUGCUGGCUCACAGUCGGCACAAGAUGCUUUCUUUGAGUCACUGGUUAGUUUCAUGCUUCAUAAUGACUUCGACGGCGUUGAUCUCGACUGGGAAUAUCCUACCGCAGACGAUCGAGGCGGCAGGCCAGAGGACUAUGCCAACUAUGUCACUCUAGUGAAACGACUAAGAGAGCGGCUGGAUCAAUUGCCGCGGCACUUUGGCCUCACCAUAACCCUGCCGGCUAGCUACUGGUAUCUUCAAGGAUUUGACAUUGUGAACUUGGAACCAUAUGUCGAUUGGUUUAACGUCAUGACCUAUGAUAUACACGGCCUUUGGGACGCACAUGGGAAGGAGGUUGGACCACAUGCGCUUGCCCAUACCAAUCUGACCGAGAUUAACAUGGGUCUUGAGCUUCUCUGGCGCAACAACAUCAAUCCGGCCCGGGUUGUUAUGGGACUAGGUUUCUACGGCCGUAGCUUCACCAUGGCAGACCCUAAUUGCAUGGCACCUGGUUGUGUCUUUAAGGAGGGAGAAGCUCCCGCUGGAGAUUGUACCCAUGUUCCCGGGGUUAUUUCGGCAACAGAGAUCCACGAAAUACUCAGGAAGGGUGCUACUGUUACCUUCUAUAGAGAUGCCGCGGUGAAGGUUGCCACGUGGAAUACCAAUCAGUGGGUUAGCUGGGAUGAUGUCCAAACCUUGAAGCUCAAGAUCGACUUCGCCAACAGGCGUUGUUUGGGAGGGACCAUGGUUUGGGCAGUUGACCUGGAUGAUGGCACCCUCGUUGAAGCAUUGGGGAAGGCGUCGGGUAAGAAGAAACAAUGGACUAGUGAUGGCAAGUACCAACCAAUGCCUUGCUUCAGUAAAAAUUGGCCAAAGGGGUCAAACAAGACUUGGCUUGGAUCCAACCCGAAGAAGGGAAAACCGAAGAAUGGAAUAUCGAAGAAGGGGUAG